AUGAGAGCCACAAACCCUCUUGCUCCCGGCACUAAAUUAAGAAUACUUUUCGAGGAUGAUUCUCCCACAGUUAUACUCAUUAGCACACGUGGCUCAGUAAGACUUGCUCCUGUUCCCUGUCCCUUCUAUGUUAAUCAUCUGAGUAAUCCUGAGGUCGAGAGUUCGAGCCUCUCUCACCCCAACCCCAAGUUAAAAAUAGCAAACAGGUGCAAGAAGAUGCUUGUGAGAGUAGAUAGGGCAGUGGUUGCGAUGGAAAACUACUAUGAGUAA